UGUUUUUCAAAACUCAGGCCUUGAAGACAGAGCUAGGGAACGCCCAGAUAAGAAAGGGUUAGUAAGUAUCAGGACAAGACACAUAACUGCAGAGAUUCUAUGAGGUUUUAGCUUUUCAACAUGAAUAGGGUAAACUAUCAAGGGUUCGGAAGUGCCAUAGAUCCAAGUGAACGCAGGAUUGUUCUAGUUGGAAAGACUGGCGUGGGGAAGAGUGCAGCAGGAAACACCAUCCUGGGGAGAGAAGCCUUUGAGUCAGAACUGUCUCCGUCUUCCCUGACCUCUGAAUGCCAGAAAGCCAGGGGAGAUGUUGAAGGUCGGAAGGUUGCCAUCAUUGAUACACCAGGACUAUUUGACACAAACUUCACACAAGAGGAGGUGUUGAACAGGAUCAAGAUGUGCAUCUCUCUGUCUGCUCCUGGUCCUCAUGCCUUCCUAGUGGUUCUUCAUCUGGGCAGGUUCACAGCGGAGGAGAAGCAAACCGUUGAGAUGAUUCAGACCACCUUUGGGGAAGAUGCAGCUAAAUACACAAUGGUGUUGUUCACACAUGGAGACCAGCUUAAGAAGCAAACCAUUGAGGAUUUUAUUUCAGACAGCGCUGACCUGAAGGCCAUCAUUCGAAAAUGCUACAAUAGAUACCAUGUCUUGAACAAUGAAAUCAAAGAUGCUAAACAAGCCAUGCAACUCCUGGACAAAAUUGAUGAGAUGAUUAUGGGUAAUGGUGGGAAAUACUACACCAACGAAAUGUUCACAAAAGCAGAGAUGGCCAUACAGAAGGAGAAAGAUCGAAUCCUCAAAGAGAUGACAGCACAGAGGGAGAAGGAGUUGGAAGCGCUGCGAGCUAAAUAUAAAGGGAAGGUCUGCCAGGAAGAGGAGGCCCAUGUGUACAGAAGAUACGAGAAGGACGCCAGAGCUCAAGCCGAAAGAUCGAAUGAGUUCACCAGUGCACCAGCAAUAGCUAUAGCAACAGCUUGUGGUGCUGCCAUAGGGGGUGUACUUGGAAUUGCAGCAGGUCCAAUUGGUUUGGUAGUUGGAGCUGCAGCUGGAGCAGCCGCCGGAGCUGCUAUUGGUGCUUUAGCAGUGAAAGUCUCAGAUCGCUGCCAUGUGCAAUAAGAAUACUAUGGCACAUCGUUAGACUAAGUCAUUUUUUGACUCACUAUUACAAUAUUAACAAAAAUACCUACAUGCUUGCUAAAUUGGGUUUUUUACUGUUUUGAAAAAAAUUUCAAAUAUGACUUAAUCAAUUAUGCUAUUACACUAAUGAUAUAAUAAACAGACUUAACUAUUGAUUUUUGGUGAUGAGAAUUAAGAUUGUCUAACCUAGCAUAAGUUGCACCUGCAUACAACAAGGACUUUUAUAAUCACAUAUAAUUACGAAGAGGAAAAAUAAUAUGUACCUUUACUUCAGAGAGCUAAACAAUAAUUAUUUGUCUACUAUUUAAGAAAUCCGUGUCUGGAAAAAAAAGAAAAACUUAAUAUAUUAUUAACAGAAUCAUCUUUGUAUGCUUUCAUUAAAAUAUAUUUUUUAACUUAGUACAACUUAAUGCUGACGAAAAUGUACUCCUAAAGAAAUUCUUGAACUGAACAGAUUUACUGUAUGCGACAUAAAAGACACUGCUUCUUUCUUUUUAAUUAAGCCUGUGAAGGUGAGAAUUUGUGAUGACACAACUCAGCACCUGCUUCAUGCUGUCUUCCACACUCUUCCUGUACUUGUGGAAGUGGGAUGGUUGAGAGCUGUCCAAUUGCAUGAAUUCCUAGUUUUGGUUCAGUUACAUCCAUGUCUAUCCCAACUCAUAUCAGUCUGCAUAAAUUGAAAAAAUACAAACAGUCUCAAGACACUUUACAUAAGGCAGAGCCUGAAACAUCCAGAGAUGGCAGUAAGGCGACGAUAAGCAGAAAGAAUUUCCUUUGACAACAAAGAACAAAUGUUUGUAUCAAUUAAAUCAUUGCCAUUAUAAACAGACCACAAGUUCAAAUCAAGUUCAUAGACUUAAAAAUAGAACUCACUUGUUCUAUAUAAUUGUUUUUUUGUUUUUUUUUUUACAAACAAAUCAGUGACAAACAAAAUCAUUUACAAUCAAAUUCAUAAGUGAAAGCCUGAUUCAUACUUCUGAUUCAUAUUCUAUAUAUGUGACUGAAGAAGAUGCAGCUGGUCCAAGGGAGGUGUUCCAUAAUGAGUUGUAACAGGUGUAUCUAGGGUUUUGUCUGUAAAUGUUGUCAAAACAAAUGAAUUCUCUGUUGUAUAUACAUAUUUCAGAAUAAAUAUCUUUAUCUGUUCAAA